UCAAAUCUGGGUAUGAUAUGAUGUUUAGAAAGCAGAAGAAAGAUGCUCUGUUUGAUGCAGAAACUCAACCCUCUUUGAAUCCAAUCUUUAAAGCCUGCUGGAAGGUGAAAACUGCUCCUAAAAUUCAAAUCUUCCGUUGGAAAGCUCUUCAUGGUUCCCUUGUUGUGACUGAAAGACUGCAAACAAGAGCAAUAAGAAAUUUUGAUGGUUGUAUGUUCUGUAAUGCAGAGAUGGAGUCAAUUAAUCACAUCUUAUUCCUCUGUCCCUUUGCAAGACAAGUUUGGGCGUUAUCAAACAUUCCAUCUCCGUUUUUGGGCUUUGGUAAUUCGAUCUUUGAAAACAUGUACCAUCUUUUUAGCUUAAAACAAAUGGGGAAUAAUAUUGAUGAGCUUAAGUCCGCAUUUGCUUGGAUUCUUUGGCACUUAUGGAAAACUAGGAACAGCCUUCUCUUUGAAGGUUUUGCCCUAUCUUCGGAUGUAGUUGUGCAAAAAGCUUUAGAUGUCACUAGAGAAUGGUCUGCAGUGCAUAGUCAAGAUAUUUCUCAUAAGCAAACCUUGUUACCGUUGCAAGAGAAAUGGUAUCUGCAUGCUCAGGGGGAAGUAAAAUGUAACAUUGGUUUUUCUUGGUCCAAAAGGCUGUGUUUAUCGGGUGCUUCGUGGGUGAUAAGAGAUCAUAAUGGUAAAGUUAUACUUCAUAGCCGAGGAUCUUAUUCAUCUGUUGUUUCGACUUUUGAUGCCAAACUCAAGAGUUGGGAAUGGGCAUUGGAAAGUAUGGCAAAUUUGCAUUUGGAGAAUGUGACUUUUUGUGCAUCUACUAUGGAUAUUAUCAAAGCUAUGCACAAUCCUAGUCAAUGGCCAGCACUAAUUCCUUAUAUCUCUCCACUCAUUAUGGUUGCGAAGAAUAAACCAAACUGGUUUCUGUUCUUUGAACUGACAGACUGCAACAAUGGAGCCUUAUUAGUUGCACAAAGUGUUACUUCAGACCUUCAGAUAUCUUCUUAUGUGGCUCGGGGAGCUCCUACUUGGCUAAUUGGUCUUUUUGACCAUGAACAGAGCUUGUUACAGGACUGCAACUUGAUGUCAAGCAAUAUACAGUAACCGGUAUCCCUUUCUCGUCGUUUUCUAUAUAUAUAACUUUUUAAGGUUUUAUCUAGUGUGAAUGUUUUGUCCUUUCAUAAAAAACAAAAACAAAAAAUCCUCAUUCCUAAGCGGUGAUUAUUUUGAUAAUCAUCUCUUACCUUGGUUUACCCUCCUUUUUGUCUGCUUUGACUUUUUGAGCCGUAUCUUUUCGUCUCUAAGUUUACUAUUAUAUAAUCUUUUCCAACCUCUUCCUUCUUAUAUAUUAACUUCUUAGUUUUCCGUAUACUUCUAUUAAGCCUUUUCUUUUCCUUUCCUUCCCUUUCCUUCCUUUUAUUAUGUCUGACGAGCUGUGGAACUCCCUGCAAUAUAUGGAUUUGGGACGAGAUGAUCCAGAACUAUUUAUCUCUCAUGUCACUUAUGCUGGAGUAUUAGCUAGAAACCGUGUUAGCUUGAUUGGGAGACCUCUUAACAAUAGAGAGCAAGACCUAAGACGUGUGAUCUUCUCCCUACCCCACCUUUGGGGUAUAGCUUCGCGGGUUCAUGGACGUGUUUUAGAUGAUAGCUAUGUCCAGUUUUUAUUUCGGUCAGAGGUGGAUCUUUUUGCAGUUCUAAGAAAGGGACCUUGGGUGGUUGACAACUGGUUUGUUGCUUUGCAAAGGAGAAACAGUUAAGUUUGUUGCCAAAACUCUUGGAGAGUUUGUUGAGCUAGAUUUCAAUGAAGAGACUACUUCGCAGAUCUCCUUCAUAAGAGUCAAGAUAGCAAUAGGAAUCACAGAUCGUCUGCGUUCUUUUAGAAGAGUCCGCUUUGAAUCAGGAGAAGGAGCCUUGCUAGGUUUUGAGUAUGAAAAACUUAAGCGGAUUUGUACUAACUGUUCUCGCAUUAUCCAUGAUUCCUCCCACUGCCCAUAUCUUGUCCACCGGUUUAUCAAGAGGACUUCCUCAAUGUUCCAGUAACCCCUGUUUUUGAAGAAGGUGAGGGUUCCAACAUUUACAGCUUUCUGGACGAGAAGCACUCUUCUCCAAGCUCUGAGAUUUCCUCUUACUCUCCUAUCUCGCAACCACCAAGACAUGCUGCUCCAAGCCCAAACAUGGAGGAGUUCUUAGCUGCUUAUCCGCUUGGAACUCGUCUUUCUUCAAGCUCAGACUUUCGUGGAGUCUCCUCAAUGGCGAGAGAAGAUACCAAAGAGAAAGAAAAUGCUAAAAUUGAAAGGGGAGAGUGUUCUAAGCGUAGGAAUGGAAAGCAAGUUCAGGUAGAAAAUGAGAGAAACACUCGCCAACGUCGAAAAGAUCCUGGAAUAAGGUUUUAUCCGACUGAACAUGAAUCUCCAUGAUAACUGAUCAACAAACGAAUCUCAGAGAAGAAUCAAUUUCUUUGUCUCUGAGAUUUCACCUUUUGGUUUAAACUUUUAGUUUGAAUUAGGUAAUAAACUCACUUUUCAGAUCAAGAAAGUGGAUACUUUUGGUA